GGCACACUUGUAGAAAGUGCGUCUAACUUCAUCCCGUGACCUGGGAACUGUCACUCCUGUCACUGUUGUAUGUCUUUGUAUUUAGUUCUAUGUACUGGCUCGGUUCCAGAGAAAUUUACAAUUGUGCUGAUUACAUUUAUGUAUUUGUGAAGUGUUUAUUACCUCGUGUAAAAAUGGCAGGAGCUAGCGAUCGCCAUCUUUACAACAAUAACGACACCAGCAGUGACACCGAAGACUACACCGAUGACCGUCGUCGCAGAGUUUUCAAAAACCGUCUAAGUUAUGGAUCGUGUUCGAAGCCGAAACCGUGCCUUGUGCAACGUUCAGCGUCCCUAUCGGACCCCCGGUGCCACUCUGUAGCUACGCCUAAGCAAUGUCACAAUCCGCCUCGCAAUAGAAGUCGCAACGUCCUGACCCCCAACAAGACCCCAGCCAACGCCUCCGUUUCGGCCCCCACGAGUGUCAGCGACGAUCGAGUCACUCUCGUAGUGGACAACACGAGGUUUGUGGUGGAUCCGGCCCUCUUCACGGCCCAUCCCAAUACCAUGUUGGGCCGAAUGUUCAGUUCAAAUCUCGAGUUUACGCAAGCGAAUGAAAGAGGCGAGUUUGAGGUCGCUGAUGGGAUUCCUGCUACGAUUUUUAGGGCCAUUUUGGAGUAUUACAAGGGGGGGCUCAUCAAGUGUCCCCCGUCUGUCUCGGUGCAAGAGCUGAGAGAGGCUUGUGAUUACUUGCUGGUGCCUUUUGAUGCCAACACCGUUCGCUGCCAAAAUUUAAGGGGGCUGCUGCACGAGCUGUCCAACGAAGGUGCCCGUUGCCAAUUCGAGGUCUUCCUCGAGGAGCUCAUCCUCCCCCUUAUGGUGAAUUCCGCCCAAAGGGGGGACCGCGAGUGUCACAUUGUCGUUCUUUUGGACGAUGACACCGUCGACUGGGACGACCAAUACCCCCCUCAAAUGGGCGAAGAGUACAGUCAAACCGUCAACAGUACUGCCAUGUACCGAUUUUUCAAAUAUAUAGAAAACAGAGACGUGGCUAAACAAGUCUUAAAAGAUCGAGGUUUGAAGAAGAUUCGACUCGGAAUCGAAGGUUAUCCAACUUAUAAAGAAAAAGUGAAGAAGCGCCCUGGGGGCCGAGCCGAAGUGAUCUACAAUUACGUCCAAAGACCGUUCAUCCACAUGUCUUGGGAAAAGGAGGAGGCGAAAAGUCGCCAUGUCGAUUUCCAGUGUGUCAAAUCCAAAAGUGUCACAAAUCUGGCAGAAGCCACCGCUGAUCCGGCCUUGGAGUUGGACGCUCGGGGGAAUCCCAUCGUAGCUGUGACAAUUUCGGAUUUGGCACCGUUGGAUAAUGAUGAGGGGGCUGUGGGAGGGCUGCCGGAGCUAGACGCCGCGAAUGUACCCCCAGAAGAACAAAAUUAGAAUUGUUUUGGUUUUAGGUCAGAGAUCUGUCGCAUUUUGGGACAAAUUUAAUGUUAAAUGUGGGUCAGUUUUUGUCACCGAACUGAUUUAGAAAGCACAUUCCUUUGAUUACAAUGUCCAAAUUCGCGAACCCUUGAGACUGAAAUUUGUUUAAUUUGCUCAUUUAUUUAUUUGUACAUAUUAAUCUGGUUGUUACGCUUUGCUUUUAAUAUCAAUGUAGCUUAAGGAUUUUAUACCUGUUGUUUUUAUGAAACGGAAUAAAUGGACUUUCAACUUA